AUGCCCACGUUUUACCGAACCGAGAUCAACAAAACGGAAUGGGAAGUACCGGAAAAGUAUCAGGUGCUGACCCCGGUCGGUAGCGGUGCUUACGGUCAGGUGUGCUCGGCCAUGGACACGGAACACAAUGUAAAGGUGGCAAUCAAGAAGCUGGCCCGACCGUUCCAGUCGGCCAUACAUGCCAAACGCACCUACCGGGAGCUGCGCAUGCUGAAGCACAUGAACCACGAAAACAUAAUUGGCCUGCUGGACGUGUUCCAUCCCGGCGACAACACGCUCGAAUCGUUCCAGCAGGUCUACCUGGUCACGCACCUGAUGGGCGCCGACCUGAACAACAUCAUCCGCACCCAGCGCCUCUCGGACGAGCACGUCCAGUUUCUCGUGUACCAGAUCCUGCGCGGUCUCAAGUACAUCCACAGUGCCGGCAUCAUUCACCGGGAUUUGAAACCGUCCAACAUUGCCGUGAAUGAGGAUUGCGAGCUGAAAAUAUUGGAUUUUGGGCUGGCCCGACCGACCGAGAAUGAAAUGACCGGUUACGUCGCGACACGCUGGUACCGAGCGCCUGAAAUUAUGCUCAACUGGAUGCACUACAAUCAAACGGUGGACAUUUGGUCGGUCGGGUGCAUCAUGGCGGAGCUGCUAACCGGCCGGACACUGUUCCCCGGCACGGACCACAUUCACCAGCUAAACCUUAUCAUGGAGAUACUCGGCACACCGAACGAUGAGUUUAUGGCGAAAAUCUCCUCCGAAAGUGCUCGUCACUACAUUAAAUCGCUCCCGCGGACAGAGAAGCGCAACUUCAGCGACGUUUUCCGUGGUGCUAAUCCGCUUGCCAUCGAUUUGCUGGAGAAAAUGCUGGAACUGGAUGCGGACAAACGGAUAACAGCGGAACAGGCGUUGGCCCAUCCCUAUUUGGAGAAGUAUGCAGAUCCGUCCGAUGAACCGACCUCGUCAUUGUAUGACCAAAGUUUCGAAGACAUGGACCUGCCGGUCGAACGGUGGAAGGAGCUGGUCUUUCAGGAAGUGCUCAACUUUGUCCCGCAGCAGCACGCACACAUUGGCGGUGAACCACAGGCGUAA